AUGUUCUGUCUGAAGAGCAGAUCCAGCUGAAGAAGCUGAAGAAGCAGGAGGACAAUCAGGCUCGGACCGUGGUGGUGCGUCCAAACCCUCUGAACCCGCCGAGCCCUUCCCACGAGCUGACGCCGGAGCAGUCCAGCAUGAUCAAGAAGCUGGUGGCUGCCCAGCAGCAGUGCAACCAACGCUCCUUCACAGACAGGCUCAAAGUGACGCCGUGGCCCCAGGUUCCAGACCCCAACAACCGUGAAGCGAGGCAGCAGCGUUUUGCUCACUUUACUGAACUUGCAAUUAUCUCUGUGCAAGAGAUUGUGGACUUUGCCAAGCAGCUGCCUGGCUUCCUGGAGCUCACCAGAGAAGACCAGAUUGCUUUAUUGAAGACAUCUACCAUAGAGGUGAUGUUGUUGGAGACAUCUCGGCGCUACAAUCCAGAGAUUGAGAGCAUCACCUUUCUUAAGGACCUGAGCUACAACCGGGAUGACUUCGCCAAAGCAGGUCUGCAGUUUGAGUUCAUUAACCCCAUCUUUGAGUUCUCAAAGGGAAUGAAUGAGCUACAGCUCAACGAUGCUGAAUAUGCACUUUUAAUUGCCAUCAACAUUUUCUCUGCAGAUCGACCGAACGUGCAGGACCAGUCCCUGGUGGAGAGGCUGCAGCACACCUAUGUGGAAGCUCUUCAUUCAUACAUUUGCAUCAACAGACCAAAUGACCAUCUGAUGUUUCCACGGAUGCUAAUGAAGCUGGUCAGUCUUCGAACACUAAGCAGCGUCCACUCCGAACAGGUCUUUGCCCUUCGGCUGCAGGACAAGAAACUCCCUCCCCUGCUCUCAGAGAUCUGGGAUGUGCACGAGUGACUGCACGCUCCUGGCACACCAGUGUGCUCCUCUCACCCCACCUCCCAGCCCUUGCUAACGAGAAGCCAGCCUCCCCCUCUCCAGAGCACUCAGCUCUGGGCUGGGCAGCGCAGGGAGGGACGAGCUAGAGGUUUCGAUGUUGUCGUGAGACUUCUGCAGGAGGCAGCUGGGGUAGGUGAGGGCUGGGGGUGGUUUCAGUGUAGUGCCCCUACCCCAGAGGAGUCACAGGAAACGUCUCCAAACGGUAGAAAUGAAGAGCUCCCCCGCACACGCAUACACCUCUCUCUUCAGAGUCUUUCUCUUUAAGCAUGUCCUGAGGGCUUGCCCGUUGAUCCUCUCCUCUCUUGCUGAUUAUGAAAAUGAAUUUGCAGGAACUUGCCAAACCCUCUCUAUUGAGAGUAACCCAGCUCAAAAGGCUUCUGCAGGGUCCCCAGUGUACCUGGAUCUGAGGAGCUCAGGGAAGUCAAUGUGGAUGUUCUAGGGGUUUCACUGGGUUUCCUAUAAAUAAAAUCUCUUUUAUGUGCUGCCCUUUACAAUGAUUCCAGGAGAAGUAGCUGUUAUUUCUUUAUUAUGAGACUUCAUCUCUAGAGCUGCCCUGUCAUUCUGGCCCUCCUUUGGAAAAAGAAUUCCUAU